CACUGAUGCAAAUCAAUAAAUCAUCUCUAGCUUUUUCCGUCAAGCUUCAAUUUCCUGUUGCUAUCCCAGGACUGCCUAACUCGAUGAUAUCAUGUGAUCACGUGAUUGGCAACUAUCCCCGUUCGGCAAGCUUGAGUUCAACCUCCAUCGUCACCUCGAACCAGCCCACAACACCCACUACGCUCACCACCGCCCAUUGAGCGCCCUCCUCUCGCGCUCAAUCCUCACCGCCCACCCCGCACCCUUCCGCGAACACAUCCACGACCCCAGCCGCCACAAUGCCGACCCCAGAGUCCGAAAUGUUCCUGGCGAAGAAGCCCAAGGUGCCGCCGACCUUCGAGGGCGUCGACUACGACGACAACGUCGCGCUCAAGGCCGCGCAAGAUGCGAUCCUCAGGGAGCAGUGGGUCAGGAGUAUGAUGGCGCGGUUGGUGAGGGAGGAGAUGGGCAAGUGCUAUCGGAGGGAGGGGGUCAAUCAUUUGGAGAAGUGCGGGCAUUUGAGAGAACGGUACUUUGAGCUGCUCAAGGAUGCCAAGGUCAAGGGUUACCUGUUUGCGCAGAAGAACUAUCUCGACGAGCAGUACAAGAAGUAAUCACGGAUUGAGGAGCAUUUUUACAACAGGGUGGUAACCCACCGAGCCGAGAGGGAUCUGCAACUGUAUAUAACCAAGCGGAAAGAUGAAGGCGCCGGGAAAGAUCGCCGUGACCCUACAGAGGAAGAGAAGCGAAUUUGUACGACAAUUGCAGACGACAGUAACAACCUCCGGC